AUGGCACCUCUACAAAAUGGCUAUACAAACGGCUCAUCUACAGAGCAAAAUGCCAUUUCGUCUGGCUACCGCUUCUCUGAUAUUCCCUCCGCCAUCGACAUCCCCGCCUCCACCUUCGACAGCGAAGUCGAGAUAAGCCUCGAAGAGCUCCCCGACGACCCCACCGAACUCUGCACCCUCCUCGACAACGAAAAAGCCGCAAAGAACUUUUGGGUCAUCAUCGCACUCGCAUACGCGAAGCAAAACCAAAUUGACCAUGCCAUUGACAUUCUCAAUCGUGGUCUCUCGUCCCUCGCCCAGGGAAUGACCAAGGAGAAGCUCGGCCUGCUGGGUUGGAUCUGUUGGCUAUACAUGCUGAAAGCCAGGCAGGCUCCUCGUGUGGCCCUGGAGGGCCAGCUGGUGUCUGAAGCAAAAACUAAGGAUUUCUACCUCCAAGCUGCUACGUCGAUUCUCAACGAGGCGUCGCGGCUAAAUCCCGCGUUUCCGCCUCUGUUUCUCGCACGGGGAGUUUUGUCGUUAUUGCGCGCCUCGUUACAUCCUCCCGCAAGGGCUAUUAGGCCCGGGACGGUAGAUACUUCGGAACGAGUAGAGUCCUUGCGGCAGGCGUUGAAAUGCUUCGAUGAGUCGGCUAAGGCUUUCGGGAACAGAAAUGUUAUGGCUAUACUUGGUCGGGCGAGGGCGCAUUAUAUGCUGGGUAGAUAUGCAGAGGCGCUGGAAGGUUACCAGGAGGUUCUGAUGAAGAUGCCUAAUAUGAGAGAUCCGGAUCCUCGAAUUGGUAUUGGAUGCUGUCUGUGGCAGCUGGAUUUUAAGGAGCAGGCCAAAUCAGCUUGGACUCGUGCUUUGGCUUUGAAUCCUGAAUCUAAGGCUGCGAAUAUCCUUCUUGGAGCUUACUAUCUCUAUGAUAGCUCUCGUCAUGCAACUAACGACCCGUCCUUCGGGUCCAUAUACAAGUUAGCCAUGACGCAGUACACGCAGAAGGCAUAUAAACUGGACAAGGAAUAUCCCAUAACCUGUGCCAUGUUUGGCGGCUAUUUCCUCCUCCGCAAACACUUCCCAACCGUCGAAGCCCUUGCCCGCAAGGCGAUCGAACUCACCGAUGUCAACGCGAUUGCUAGUGAUGGAUGGUAUCUACUGGCUCGCAAAGAGCACUUUGAGGGAGAAGCUUCCAAAGCCAACGAAUAUUACAGCAGGUCAGAUCAGGCCAGGGGUGGUAGUGACAAGGGGUAUCUUCCCGCCAAAUUUGGCGCUGUCCAGAUGCAAGUUCAAACUGGGGACUACGAUGGGGCCAAGUUCCGAUUGGAGAAGAUCAUUCAGCAAACGAAGAAUCCGGAAUCAAUGACACUUCUUGGUGCACUUCUUGCGGAGGAAGUGUUUGCAGCUGAAGCAAGUCCGCUCAAGGAAGACAAGUCAGCUGAGCUGAGGAAAGCUAUUAGCCUUCUCGAGUCUGUUCGUGCAUCAUGGAAGGACGAGAAGAAAAGGCUCUCGCCUGAUGAAUCCGUUCUGCUCUACCUUGCACGGCUUUACGAGAACAAUGCGCCGGAUAAGAGCAUGCAGUGUCUGCAACAGGUGGAACAGAUGCAGCUUGGUCAGAUCCCGGAUACGGAUCGUCCCGAGGAUAUCGACGAUGAAGAAACAAUGACAAACCUGCUUCGGGAGAAUCUGUCUCCUCAAUUGCUGAACAAUAUGGGCUGCUUCUUGUAUCAUGCUGAGAAGGUUGAGCAGGCACGCCAUAUGUUCCAGACCGCACUGAAUGCAUGUGUGAAGUCACGAGAGAAAGACGAUACAACCGACACAGACGCACUUGUCACGACGAUCAGUUAUAACCUUGCUAGAACUUACGAAGCGGCGUCUAUGCCCGAUGAAGCUAAGAAGGUGUACGAAGGUCUGCUAGAGCGGCACAAUGAUUACACUGAAGCCAAUGCGCGACUGACCUACAUCGCACUGCGCCAAAGUCCUACCGACGAAGGGCCCAAGAAAAUGGCCAAAUUGUAUGAACUGGAAUCGACCAAUCUCGAAGUCCGCGCCCUGUUUGGCUGGUACCUCAGCAAAUCGAAGAGGCGGGUAACAAAUAUUGCCGAGGACCAUGAACAGCGACACUACAAACAUACGCUGCAAGGUUAUGAUAAACACGAUAGGUAUUCUCUUACGGGGAUGGGUAACAUCUACCUCCUUGCCGCUCGGGAUAUGAGACGAGAUACCGAGCAGGACAAGGAGAAGCGGAGGAAAAUGUAUGAGAAGGCUGUGGAGUUCUUUGAUAAGGCGUUGCAGCUUGAUCCGAAGAAUGCUUAUGCGGCACAGGGCAUUGCGAUUGCGCUUGUUGAUGAUAGGAAGGACUAUACGACUGCGGUGCAGAUCUUUACGCGUGUCCGGGACACAUUAAGGGAUGCGAGUGUUUAUCUCAACCUUGGACACGUGUAUGCUGAGCUGAGGCAGUUUACUAGGUCCAUUGAGAACUACGAGGCCGCGCUCUCCAAGGACAGACAACACGAUACCCAGAUCUUGGCUUGCCUAGGUCGUGUCUGGCUCUUGAAAGGAAUGCAAGAAAAGAGCCUGGCCGCGAUGAACACCGCUCUGGAUUGCACACAGCGCGCUCGCGCCAUCGCCCCCGAGCAAAUUCAUCUCGAGUUCAACGUCGCUUUCGUCCAAAACCAGAUCGCCUUACUUGUCAUAUCCCUCCCAGAAACGCAAAAGACUCUCCGAGACGUCCAAGCCGCAUCCAAAGGUCUAGAUGAGGCGAUCAGCACGUUCACCCAAAUCUCCAAGGCCAAGAAACCACCCUACCCCCGUGGCGCCCUGGAGCAACGGGCGAAUAUGGGCAGAAAUACCAUGCGGAGAAAGCUCGAGCGGACCCUCCAGAGCCAGAAGGAGUAUGAAGAGAAGAACGCGACGAAGCUGCAGCAGGCCCGGGAAGCGCGGGAGGCUGAGUUGAGGCGGCGUGAGGAGGAGAAGCGGAAGGCGGAAGAGGUUGAGAGAGAGCGGAAGCGGCAGAUUGCUGAGGAUCGACAGCGGUUGAUUGAGGAGGCGCAGCGGCUUGCGGCCAUACGUGCUGAGGAGGAGAAGGCGAGGGAGGAAGCGGAGUAUACUACCGAUUCCGAAACGGGGGAUAAGGUGAAGAGGAAGAAGAGGGCGGCUAUCAUUAAGAGGAAGAAGAAGGAUGGUGAUGAUGGUGCUGCUGACGGCGGCGGCGGCGGCGGUGGGAGGAAGUCGAAGGAUCGGAGUACGGGUCCGGAGAGUGUGGUGGAUUCUGAUGCGGAGGAUCAGCCGGCACCGCGCAAGCGGAGACGACUGGAGAGACGGUCUGUGGUUAGGUCCAGUAAGUAUAAGAGUAGUGAGAUUGUUGUUGAGUCGGAGAGUGAGGAGGGAGAAGGUGGGGACGGUGAUCGAGCCAGGUCUGCCAAUGGGGGGCCUGGGGACGCCGGCUCUUCUUCUGAAGUUGAGGAUAGGGAUGAGGAUAUGCGCGAUGUUGCUGCUAGUGAUGGGGAAGACGAGGAUGAGGAUGCCGUUGUUCAGCGGCGGCGGAAGAAGGUUAAUCUUCGUGUCGUAGAUGAGGAGGAGGAGGAGGAGGAGGAAGGAGGGGAGAGAGCUGCGUCGCCGGGUGGGGAUGACGCUGAUGACCUUUUCGGAGAGGCUAGUGGCGAUGAGGCUGGGGAGAAAGCUGGGAGUGAGGAGGAGGGGGGAGAUCAGGAUAACGAUGUGGAGAUGAAGGAUCACGGGGACGAUGGUGAGGAUGAGGAUGAGGAGUAA